AUGGUCAACGUCGCCUCCGUCCUCUUCCUCCUCUUUCCCAAUUUCAACACCCUCGACGUCAAUGGGCCCAUAGAAAUCUUCAACCACAAUGAUGUCCUGAAAGGUCUCGGCGCGACCUACACCGCCGCCAUCGCCUCCGCCACGGAACACACCACCGCGCUGGAGAACAUCAUCAUGAAGCGGCACCACAGCUUCGACGAGCUCCUCGAAAACAACGCCACAUUGCUGGCUAGCUAUGACAUCUUGAUCGUUCCCGGUGGCAUGGGCAAAGACGUCCAUGCCGCGGUGCCCGGCCUCGCACCUGUCGUGCAAGCAUUCGCACAGCUCGAUGGAAACCUGAGCGAGAAGUUCCACAGCCGAUGGAUCGUCUCGGUCUGCACGGGCGCCCUCGUUCUGGGCGAGCUAGGUCUGUUCGCAGGCAAAACCGUUACGACGCACUUUCUCUCCCUGGACGAUUUGCGUCGGACGUGUGCGGCCGUUCAAGGCGAUGGCCCAGAGACCACCGUGGUCCGGAAGCGGUGGGUUGACGCGGGAAGCACCCCGCAGGGCGCGAGGUUGAUCACGUCGGGCGGGAUCAGUAGCGGUAUUGACUCUGUGUUUUGGCUUGUGAGCCAGAUAUCCAGCUACGAAGGGGCGCGGAAGAUUGCUCAGGUGAUGGAAUAUCAUUGGGAUUAUCCUAGCGGUACCCCUAGCGAUGUCACGGAGGGGUACAUCGUUCCCGACGCGAUGUUCGCCAUGUGA